AUGAGUGUUAUAUGCAUGCAUCAUUGCUCUUCGCUGCUCCAAAGAACUGUCGACUCUGUCAAUUUACUUCAAGGCCUUUCGAAUCGUGAUGAAUCUGCUAGGCAUGAAGCAGCUGUUACUAUACAACGUAUAUUUGAUUCGUGGUAUUUUGGCUUUGGUAGCCCCGCUGUCGCUGGUUUCUUAGAGACUGUAGCCAAUGAUACCGGUGGGGCUACUCUUGAUACGUCUAUGCACGGGUUGAUUACGGAGCAGAUCCCAGAUCUUUUAAGAAUACUGCAUACCGCCCCAUCAUCUGAUAUACGGUCUGCUGCUAGAGAUAUCUUGCGUGAUUUAAAGAUUCAGAAGGGGUUCAAAAUUCCGAAUACCGUUACAUCGUCUCCUAGUUUUAUUCAGUCACUAAACGUAAUUUCAGUUCCUAAUUAA